AUGGCGUCCAUUGGCAAGCAUGAGUUUAAGCCACAGCAGUUCGUCGGCACCACUGGAAAUAUCCAAGCCGUCAUUGACGUUGCUGUCUCUACGCAAGGGUAUACCAACUUGCUACAUGAAUACUCGCGCUACUUCACCUACCCUGCAAUCCUCACCUAUGUUAGGGACCAUGUCAAGGGGCCUCCUGACUCGUCCGUACAGGGGCAUGGGAACGGACGCGGAGCGCGGGAGUGCGGACGCACGGACAAGCGGAGCACACAGGACUUGGCUUCAGCUUUGAUGCUGCACCCUCCUAGCCCUGCGGUGUCCUGA